CUCUCCCGGGGCGGGCGUGGGGCUCAGGCGCGCGGUCCUUGUCUCCCCGCAGACUUUAAGGACACGCUGAAUAAAGUGUACGACGCCGUGGAGGAAGCGGACUUCCUGGCCAUCGACGGGGAGUUCUCAGGCAUCAGUGAUGGGCCAUCUGUUAGUGCAUUAACCAAUGGCUUUGACACACCAGAAGAAAGAUACCAGAAACUUAAAAAGCAUUCCAUGGAUUUCUUGCUGUUUCAGUUUGGCCUUUGCACUUUUAAAUAUGAUCACACGGAAGAGAAGUACAUAAUGAAGUCAUUUAAUUUCUAUAUUUUUCCAAAACCCUUCAACAGAAGUUCACCAGAUGUCAAGUUUGUCUGUCAGAGUUCAAGUAUAGACUUUUUAGCAAACCAAGGAUUUGAUUUUAAUAAAGUUUUUCGCAAUGGAAUACCAUAUUUAAAUCAGGAAGAAGAAAGACAGUUACGGGAGCAGUAUGAUGAAAAACGUUCUCAAGCCAAUGGUGCUGGUUCCCUGUCAUAUAUUUCUCCUAAUGCCACAAAAUGUCCUGUGACAAUUCCUGAAGAUCAGAAAAAAUUCAUUGAGAGAGUGGUGGAGCGAAUAGAAGAUUUCUUAAAGAAUGAAGAAAAUGAAAGUUUGGAACUGGAGCCAUGCACAGGAUUUCAGAGGAAAUUAAUUUAUCAGACAGUGAGCUGGAAAUAUCCAAAAGGUAUCCAUGUUGAAACUCUGGAGACGGAGAAGAAGGAAAGAUAUAUUAUCAUUAGCAAGGUAGAUGAAGAAGAGCGCAAAAGAAGAGAACAGCAGAAACAAGAAAAAGAACAGGGACAACUUAAUGAUGCAGUGGGAUUUUCCAGAGUCAUCCAUGCCAUUGCUAAUUCUGGCAAGCUUGUUAUUGGACACAAUAUGCUACUGGAUGUCAUGCACACUAUACACCAGUUCUACUGUCCCCUGCCUGAUGACCUUAAUGAGUUCAAGGAAGUAACAUCCUGUGUUUUUCCCAGGCUAUUGGAUACUAAACUGAUGGCAAGUACACAACCUUUUAAGGAGCUAAUUAAUAACACGUCCCUUGCAGAACUGGAAAAGCGUUUAAAAGAGAUUCCAUUCAACCCUCCUAAAGUUGACAGUGCAGAAGGAUUUCCAAGUUACGACACAGCUUCUGAACAGCUUCACGAAGCAGGCUAUGAUGCUUACAUAACAGGACUGUGUUUCAUCUCCAUGGCUAAUUUCCUGGGUUCAUUUCUCAGUCCUCCAAAAAAUCACGUAUCUGCUAGAUCAAAACUCAUUGAACCUUUUUUUAACAAGUUAUUUCUUAUGAGAGUAACGGACAUACCAUACCUGAAUUUGGAAGGACCAGACUUGCAGCCAAAACGAGAUCAUGUUCUUCAUGUUACGUUUCCCAAAGAGUGGAAGACCAGUGACCUUUACCAGCUCUUCAGUGCCUUUGGUAAUAUUCAGGUGUCCUGGAUUGAUGAUACAUCAGCCUUUGUGUCGCUAAGCCAGCCAGAGCAAGUACAAAUAGCUGUAAACACCAGCAGGUACGCUGAAAGUUAUAGGAUCCAGACCUAUGCAGAAUAUGUUGAGAAAAAACAUGAAGAGAAACGAACAAAAAGAAAAUGUACAGAAGAUAGUUGGAAGGAGAUGGAGAGAAAACGAUUAAAAACUCAGUGCACACCAUACAUUUCCCAGAGUCGGUACUACUGUGUUAACAGACCAUCAGGAUGGACCCAUUUUACGGCGACUAGCACAGCAGGAAAGAGAAGUAUGAGUCCAAUUCAGGAGGAAGCUGGCUCUGAUGAUAUGGAAGAAGAGGAAGUCCAAGACACAGAGCUGGAUGAGAGAGACUCCUGUGCAGAGUCUGUUCCAGGUGGAAGGAAGAGAGCCAAGAAGUUCAAAAAGGUCAAGAAGGAGCAGGGUCCAACAGGAAGCAUCACAAGCAGUUCCACUGAACUCUUUGAAGUCCCUGAUUCGUGGUAGCAAACAACUGUCUUAAAGUUAGCUGAUUCAAAGCAAUUACAAGAAUGCACCACUGGAAGCCAUACUUUAUUUAAAUAAAGUGGUGUCAAAAAGCAGUGUGUGUCCUGAAAAUCAGUUUAAUUUUUUAAACUGUUUACUGAACAAUCAUUGUCAUAGUUUUACUCGUGUGUAUAUAUUAACUAGUUUACAAUUCUCUUUGUUGAUCAUGUGAAAUCUUUGCUGUCGUAAACAAUGUUAGAUUUAAGAAGCAAGACUAAAUGUAUUUUGGUCACCUACUAUGGCAUGUUGGCUAUAAAAUGUACAAAAAGAAUCAGCACUGCUAUGAAUUUCAUGUUAGGCGGUUCCCAUGCUUAAGGCAAGUUUUCACAUAAGUCUUCUCAUCCUCAGAUUUUCAGGCAAUAUAAAUAUACUGUCCAUAAGUCUUGCGAGAGAUAGUAUUGUCAGUAUCACUUACUGCUCUCUACCAGCUAAUUUCUCUGGAAAGCUUAUAAUAUACUUUUGUUUCCUUCCAAUAAGACUUCAAACAGUAUCCAUCUAUAAAUUUAACCCUAUGUAUACACUUCUUUUUGUCCUUUGGAAACUAGAACUUAUACUUUCCUAAAACAUGACCUUUCCAGGAAUGGUGGGAGGUGGGUUUUCUUUUGGUUUCACACCUCCAUUACUGUUUUCAGUCUUUAAGUCUUGAUCUGAUUUUCAGUGGUUUCUGUUUGUGUAAAAAUGUUUUUGCAACCUGUGACAAACCUGCAAACUGCACCAGCCCUUCAUUUGUUUAAAAACAAUCUUCAUUCAUAGAUUUCAGAAACUGUUUGAUAGUUAACAUUUUUGUAUCAUGGAAAUAAAAAAAAAAAAAAUGUAUUUCCAUAAAAUGAAAAUUAAAGAAAUUUUCUUAGGAGUGAAUGUGUUUUUUGUUU